GCUGAGGGUCACGUGAGGCCGCUCGGGCAGAGAGCCGCUCGGAGCUCGUUUAACGGUGGUGGAGAAGAGACAGCGCGGCGCUUGGAGACAUUGGAUUCUUGAGAAGAAAACAAUGGCACGUAUAUUACUUUAACUGGUUACAAAAAUUGUUAAGAUUUGCUUCAGUGUUUCUGAAGAGGAUGGCAACUCCUUAUGUCCCUGUGCCUAUUCCAGUAGCAAAUUCUUCUUCAAAUUUUACCACAAACAGAAGCCAAAGAAGUUCUUCUUUUGGGAGUAUUUCAACAAGUUCAAAUUCUUCCAAAGGCCAACCAGAAGACUCUAAUGUGGGUAGUUACAAAAAGACAACAAUGCCAGAUCAAAUGGACAACAAUUCAUCUAUCUGUAGCAGCCCCCUUAUUAGGACUAAAUUUACAGGUAUAGAAUCUUCCAUUGAAUAUUCUACUAGGCCAGUGGAAAAUGAAGAACAAAGUUCAGAAUCUGUGAAUUGGGAAGAAAGACCCUCUACACCUACUAUACUGGGUUAUGAGGUGAUGGAAGAAAGGGCUAAAUUCACUGUAUAUAAAGUGCUAAUUAGAAGAAGUCCUGAGGAAAGCUGGGUAGUUUUCAGAAGGUAUACAGAUUUCUCUAGACUGAAUGACAAAUUAAAAGAAAUGUUUCCAGGCUUUCGGCUAGCUCUUCCACCAAAACGCUGGUUCAAGGAUAAUUACAAUGCUGAUUUCUUAGAAGAUAGACAGUUGGGACUUCAAGCAUUCCUACAGAAUUUAGUUGCUCACAAAGACAUUGCUAACUGCCUUGCAGUAAGGGAAUUUCUUUGUCUGGAUGAUCCACCAGGUCCUUUUGAUAGCCUGGAAGAAAGCAGGGCUUUCUGUGAAACUUUAGAAGAAACAAAUUAUAGAUUACAAAAAGAACUACUUGAACGACAAAAAGAGGUGGAAUCGCUGAAGAAAUUGUUAAAUGAGAAACAACUUCACAUAGACACUAUAGAGAACAGAAUUAGGUUAUUGUCUUUAGAACAUGAAGAAACACUUAGAAUUUCAAGAGAAGGUGAAUGUACCAGAAAGAUAGAAUCUUCUGCAAUUGAAGCAGAUCAAGAUACCUUGGGUGAAAAAAACAGGUCUGAUAAGAUUCCCAAGGUUGGAUGGAGUGAUUGUGAACCUGAAAAUUCAGUAACCCAAGUGGAGGUAGCUGAAGUGGCUUAUGCUGCUGAAGAAGAGUAAGAGAUCAGCAUCAGCUUCCAUAAUCUCUGGAAAUUUAGUGGUUUGGACUGGAUUAUAUUUUAGCAAAAACUGUUUUUAAAAAAGAAAAGAAAAGUAGCUGCAAAGCAUUUAUGGGGGGAGGAAGGGUGCACAUGUGAGAUGUUUACAUAAACAAAAUUAUAACUUAUUGGCAUAGGAAAUAUUCAUUGCUGCUUUUAAAUUGCUUUAUCUAGCCUUCAUAUUUAAUAUAUUUUAAAAGGUCUGGUUAGGAUUACUUUAACCUAGACCUAUAUUCUUAAAUAUUGUAAAUAAAUGAUUAUGAAAUUUUGCAAUAUGCUUUAAGCUGUAUAUACAUAUAUAUGACACAUAAACAUCACCAUUAAUAUUAGUCAUGUGAAAAUUUAUUACAUGUGUGAAGCACACUUAUUUCCCUCAUACAUAUUUUUAAUUGGUUAAAAUAAGUUAAUAGUAUUUUUUAGUAAAGAUAUAAGAACCGCUUAAAUUAAGACAUUGAUUUUUAAGUACCUUAAAACUUUUUUAAAGAAAUUUUCAUUUUGAUGCAUUAAAAAAAGAAAAACUUGUUAUUACCAAAUGAAAAGUACCUGAAAUAACAACAAUCAACUUUCCCUUUAGGGUUCUUGGAAGGGAAAGUAGUAAAAUAGUAAUUGAUAAAGUAACUAAUUUAUAUACAGAUAUUGUAUUAUUUACAUUACUAUUAUUACUCUGUAUUACAUGUUUAUUUUUUAUCUCUCAUUCUUGAACUAUAGGGAUAAUGAGUUUGCCUUUUUCCCCCAAAUACUACCUCUUACUAAAUAAGGUAUGCUCUUUUGAAAAUGUAUUCUAGAUUAUCUAAAGAUAAUUCAUUUAUAACCAAAAGAGAAAGCCAUAGUUUUGCCAAGUUAAUAUCUAGGUUGUUCCCAAUUGCAGUGCAUUUUUAUUUCAGUGUAGCUGAGAUGUUUCAGCAUAUUAUAACCUAUUUUUUUUCCAGAAUGUAUUUAUUUAGCCAAGUGAUGCACUUUACAGUGAUUAAAACUCCUUUGUGCCAAGUUUAAUUGGUUAAUAGCUUCAUUACAGAGAGGAGUUAGGAAAAAUGAUUAUGUAGUGCCUUUAAUAUUUAACUGUUAGAGAAGUCUUAGAAUUCUAUGGAUCAACUUCGUGAAACUUUUUUAAUGUUUAUUUUGGCCCUGCCAUUAGUUAUUGGAAGUGCCUUUGUUUUUCCCCCAGUGAGAAGUUGUUUCACGUUUUUUGCCCAUAUGGUUUUGCUUAAUGCUAGCAUGACUAAGGUGCAUAAUUUAAAACUAAGUUAAUGUAUUGGCUGUGUACAUAUAUGUGUAUAUAUGUAUGUGGUUUUUUCCUAAAAAUGGAAAGAAAUUGAUAAAUAAAGUUGUGACUGUCCAUUUUUGUAACUGUUUAUCUAUUUUCUCUCUGUUCCAAUACUACCAACAGAUACCUAUUUCAAAUUCUAAUAACACUUUCAAGGAAUAAAAUGUUGUUCACCUUUAUUUCUAAAUUAGAAUACUCUGGGUUGAGAAUACCAAAAAUUUAAUUUAGGUUUUUGUGGAAAACAACAGGUAUUUAUUAAGCACCUAUUAUAUUCAAGGAAUAAGAAAAAAUGAAGACUAGUAUCUGCACUAAAGGAGUUUACAUUCCUAUCAGAAGGACAAAACAAAUGUGUCUAAUAUUUUAAAGAAUAUAACUUUAUAUGGGUAUGCCUUUUUCUAAUGAAAACUGAAAACACUUCACAACUUAAUGAACAUCCUUCAUGAAUUAUUGUGGUUAAAAGAAAUUCAUUAGAAAUAUUCAAAAUAUUUAAUGUUUUUUUUCUUAACUGCAUUUGAUCUUUGCCCAAUUACUGAAGUAAAAUAAUUUACUUAAUUUAAAAUGAACCAGAGUUGUAGCUCCUAAAAUAUCUAUCUCUAAAAAAUUUCUACCUAACUUGUAUAUAUUCCUCUCCUCCAUCCCAUACUUCCUUAGUGUAAAUUUGAAUGAAAUUUAAAUAUCCAAAUUACAGAAUUUUUUCCCAUAAAUUUACGUUCCAUAUUAUUGAUUUUGAGUCUUCAUGCAUAGGUAUAGUAAUUUCAAAUGUAACCACCAAUUUGAAUAUAAUUCAUGUGAAAAGAGUAACUUUGAAGCCAAUUUGUUAGCAUAACAGAUAGAAGUUCCAAUAGAUAGUGUACCAUGAAAAUAACUUUUAUUUUUUUAAUUAAAAGUUUUGCUAUGAUUCAAAGCAAUAAAAAAGCAAGUAUUUAUUCUUAUGGGAGAAGAAAAGUGUGACUCAUUAAAUAUCACUCAAGUCUCUUCCUUUCACAAUUAUAGCCAGAUCAAAAUUAAAAUAAAUUUAUUCAUUAUUGUACCAAAUUCCCAAAGAGGAUUUCUGUAGUAAGAAGAAAAUAGUGGAAUUCAUAUGAGAGGAACAAAAAGUCAAGCAUUUCAUUAAUGAAAAAAAGCAGGAAGGGAAAAGGAAUCUAUCAGUAUCAGAACUCAGAAUACCACAAAGCAGUAAUCUUCAAAAUUAUUUGGCCCCGAUUUCAAAAAUGGAUGGUUAAAUGGAA